GUACGGUAAAUUCUCAAUCCCCCUGAUUCUUGCUAUGGAGAGCAGCAGAGCAGAAACUGCACUAUCUCACUCAGCACGUAUCCCUUUGUGCUAAUUGCUUACCAACCUGCAAGUUCUGCCUACCUCUGUGCCCAUUCAUUCCACUAUAGCCAUACAGACUAACUACACAUGAUGUGCGGGAGCUGCAAUCCUGCCCUAAUUUUGCUCAUCUUGGUAUCCCACGGAUUGGCGGAAGAUGCCAUCCAGUGCCCUCCUUGCUCACAGGAGAAGCUUAUUCGCUGCUUGGACCCUACUGGGUGCCAGGAGCUGGUAAAAGAACCUGGGUGCGGAUGUUGUGCCACCUGUGCCCUCCCAAAAGGUGCACCCUGCGGGGUCUACACUGCCCGCUGUGGCUCAGGUCUCCGCUGUUUUCCAUCCCGGGGCACAGAAAAGCCACUACAAACCCUCAUGCAAGGACAAGGAGUCUGUACAGAGAUUUCGGUGAUCCAGGAUAGUCUGCAGACUACAGCUGAUGAUGAACGCCUGAAUUAUAAUUUCAGCCCAUGUGGCAUGACAGACAAAAUCUGCCUUCAAAAACAGCAGGCAAAACGUAUUCAGUACCAGAUGUUUAAUAAUGCCAAGUUUAUGAAGAACACCAACAGCAAUCAACCUUUCAUAGAAAUCCGCGUGGGUCCCUGCCAUAAGGAGUUAAAUAGAGCCUUGGAAAGACUGUCAUCUUAUCAAACCAAAACACAAGAGGACUUCUUGAGCAUCCCUAUCCCAAACUGUGAACGUAGUGGGAACUUCAACCCCAAGCAGUGUCACCCAGCUUUGGAUGGGCAACGCGGAAAAUGUUGGUGCGUGGACUGGAAAACAGGUAUCAAGCUACAGACGGCCUAUGAUCCAGUUCAAGAUCCAGAUUGUCAGCUGGCUUCUAAAAAUGUCUGAAAAUAAGGACCGCACAGGAGAAGAUGUUCCUGAUUAAUCUCCUCCACCAAACACUUAUACAGCGAUCCAACUCACAAAAGACUUUUGGGACCAACUUUGUUUGAUGACCCCCUCAGAAGACAUCACCGCAAACUUAACUUCUUCACUUUCUAAGGGGCUUAUAACACUUUGCAGUGUACCCUAGCAACGAGUUACAGGAACCUACGGAAAGGAAAGAGUUAAUACACCACUUGGAGGGAUAAGGGGGGAAGUUGGGUGGAAAAAACUUUUGGUUUUUUUUUUGUAAAAAAUUUUUAUUUAACAGUUAAUUUUAUGUAAGGCAUGUAGGAAUGCGAUAACUUUCUGGGGAAAAACCCCCCACUAUGGUACAUUUUAGUAAGUCAGAUUUAGAGAAUGUAAUGGGGUGUAUCAGCUUGCGUUGAGUGUAGGUGAGUGUCAAUUUGCAAUAAGUACGAGUGAGUGUCGGUUUGCACUGGGUGAGUGAAAAUGUCUGUUUGCGCUGAGUAGGACAGGAUUUGGGCGUUACUGUCGAUGUGUACUGAAUGCUCUGUUUGCUUUGAGUGAAAGUGGUUGUCAGUUUGCAUGGAGUGAGAAAAUCUGUCCAUUUCUUUUUGAUAAUAGGCGAUAUUCAGUAGAACAGAGGACGUUAUAGAGCGAUGGUGUUGUGUGCUACAAUACAGUGGGUCGCAACUUGGUAGCUACAAACUAAUAUUAUUGCAUGGUACCACCAAAGUUGCACAGAGGUAUUGUAUGCUAAAAUAGGGCAAAGAUGGCUAAUCUUGGCAUCUCAAUUGUUAGAGAUCUACAUGUACCAUGAUGCUAUAUAUUUCUAAUGAUGCUCAGUCUUAGUGUCUUAGGUUUGACUGAGAAUAUGUUUCACAAACCUCUGGGAUGCUAGUAUUACUCAUUAAUGUAAUUGGAAGCCAGGGGGGAUCCUCGAAUGGAAUUGCAUGGUACAAUAUUGGGUGCUGUAGAAUGGGAUUGUAUGAUAAAAUAAGGUAUGCUAUAAGGUUACAUUUCUCGUAUUUUCAGUGAAAUUGCAUAUAUCAGAAUUACUGGAUGACAUUUUAUACAGUGUGUGAUGUUAAAGAUUAUUAAGUGCUUGUACAGCAGGGCGUGCUAUAAAUUGAAUUGAAUUGCAAAGUACAAUAGGGGUUGCUAUAAAGUGCUAUAUUGCUUUGCCAAUAGGGGGUGCUAUAUCAUGGAGCUACACUGUAAAAAACAAACAAAAAAAAAAAACAGAGCAGAAAUACAUGCAACAACUUGAGUUGAUGCAAUAGGGUCUAAAUUACAAAGGGUAAUAGAAGGUGCUUUGCAGUGUAAUUGUAUUAAACAAUAGGGGUAGUCAAAGGUAUGGACUGUACAAUAUGAUUGAGGGUGUUAAUGAACUGUGAGUAAAUAUUUGAGGCCGAUACAUUUAGUAAAUGAGGAAGACACAUGAUUAACAUAUGUGAAUAAUGAAUGGGAGGCAUUUUAAAGCUAUUUUGUUCUACAAGCCGUGGUUUUAUUAAUCAUGUAACCUAUCUUCCUCUUCAAUCUAAGAUGCUUUGAAACAAAAUAUUCUGUGAAUUUACAUUGAACACAAUAUAGCCUUAAUUGUUUAAAAUUGCAAAUGUUCUGCAUUACGUAUAUGGAGUCAUUACAGGAAACCGUUUCAGGGAAAUCAGUGGGAAGCUUGCAUAGCUAUGACUUAAAAUGCCAUUAAAAUGAUACAUUACAUUCUGCUUUCCUUAAUACACAAAUACAUAAAAAAUUGCCAAAGCGAGCAAUUUUAAUACACAAACUUUUCCGACCGUGACAUACUCAAGGGAAUAGUAGGUGCUGGGUAAAGCCUUUCAUCUAUAGUGAAUUACAACUCCCAUCAUCUUGCGACAGCAAGUUGCAAUCUACAGUGGCUGUAGGCUAGAUCUCGCCUAUCCCGAAGUAAGUGUCAAAGAGGACAAUGUAAUUCGAUUACGCAUUGUGCCACGUAUUUAUUUGUAACCAAAUCGAAGUGAGUGACAUUUUGCGGUCCUUUGCAUAACCAAGGGUAACAUGCAACGUUAGAAUCACAGCAAAAAGUUAACAGCAACUUCAGACCAGCAUUUUAGUGUUUUAAUGUACAUAUCUACGUUGUUUGAAAUUCUAUGUGAAUAAAUAAAAACACUGAUGUUUCAUUAAA